AGCAAGCAAGCAAAAUAAAGGCACCACCAGAAUAAUAAAAAGCAACUACAAUAAUAUCAAUAACAAUAAAACUGAUUCUUUUUCUCUUUAAUAGCAACAGCACUAGAUUCCUCUGGCUCGAGAGAGAGAAAGAGGAUUGGUGCGGUUGUUGACAAAUGGACGACGAGGUUGUUCAGCGAUUAUUCCACGAAGGAGGUCGCGAUUACUUCCAGCAGCAACCUUCUACUUCCUCCUCAUCCUCCUCAUCCUCCUCCUCCAUCCUCCAAUCUCUCCCUCUUCAUGUGUCUUUUGAUCACGGAUAUUAUUUACUGGUAAAAUCUCUUCAAGAGCUCAGAGAGAAAAAGGAAGGUCUUGUUACUGUUGGCAUUGGUGGUCCUAGCGGUUCAGGCAAAACAAGCUUAGCAGAGAAGGUGGCGUCUGUAAUUGGCUGUGAUGUUAUAUCGAUGGAGAAUUAUCGCACUGGAGUCGAUGACGUGAGUGAUUUGGAUUCAAUUGACUUCGACGCAUUAGUACAAAAUCUCGAGGAUUUGACGAAAGGAAAAGAUACUUUGAUACCAGUGUUUGAUUACCAACAGAAGAGACGUAUUGGUUCCAAAGGAAUAAAGAGCAUAUCAUCUGGAGUGGUGAUAGUUGAUGGUACAUAUGCUCUGCAUGCAAGACUGCGCUCUUUACUGGAUAUUCGGGUUGCUGUGGUUGGCGGAGUUCACUUCAGUCUUCUUUCUAAAGUUCGAUACGACAUUGGGGAUUCUUGUUCGUUGGAUUACCUUAUUGACAGCAUCUUCCCAAUGUUUAGGAAACACAUUGAACCAGACCUUCACCAUGCUCAGAUCAGAAUAAACAACAGCUUUGUCUCAUCAUUUAGAGAAGCGAUCUACAAGCUAAAAUGCAGAAGUGAGUCACCAGGUGGACAUUCUGCUUAUGCCUUCCAUGGAACAGCACAUACAGAUAAUUUUAUUGAGAUGUACCUUAGGCCUCCUUCAGCAAGUGAAGAAGCACGGACAAAUGAUUGGAUCAAGGUGCGACAGUCUGGUAUCAAAUACUAUUUGUCACUCGGGGACCAGAGAAUUGUUGACAAACAUUUUAUUAUCAGGCCAAAAGCUGAGUUUGAGGUUGGAAGAAUGACACUCGGUGGGUUGCUGGCUUUGGGGUACACUGUUGUAGUGAGUUAUAAACGGGCAUCUUCAUCUGUUAGUGAUGGCAAUCUAUCAAUGUCAUUAGAGACCAUUGAUACUCUUAGUGAGACAUUCAUUGUGCUGAGGGGAACAGAUAGGAAAACCGUUGGAGCAGAGGCAAUGAGGAUUGGUGUUAAUGGACCUUGGAUCACUAAGUCAUAUCUUGAAUUGAUACUUGAGAGAAAAGGUGUACCACGUCUUAAUACCCCACCACUUUUACCUAAUACUUCUACGACAAGCAAUCAAGAAAGGGCUAUUGUUGCCCCAAGGCCAAUCCGUACCACACCAAACCUUGUUAAUCGGCUUGAGGAUUUAUCUCAGCCAUGGACUCGGUCUCCUACAAAAUCUAAAAUGGAGCCUAUGGUAGAAACAUGGCAUUUUACAUCAUCUGAUACGUCACAUGGGAGUUCCGUCAUAGAAGUCUCUCAUGAAGCAACCACAGAUUCUUCCACUUGCAGGGAUAACAUGAAGCUUGCACCUCUGCCUGAUUCAUAUGACUUGGAUAGAGGAUUGCUUCUUGCUGUUCAAGCAAUACAGGCUUUGUUGGAGAAUAAAGGCUCCCCUGUCAUUGUUGGAAUCGGAGGCCCAAGUGGAUCUGGAAAAACAAGUUUGGCACACAAAAUGGCUAACAUUGUUGGGUGUGAAGUAGUUUCCCUUGAAAACUAUUUUAAAUCUGAACUUGUGAAGGAUUUUAAGUACGAUGACUUUAGCUCUCUUGAUCUGUCUUUGCUUUCAAAGAAUAUUGGUGACAUAAGAAAUGGUAGAAGAACAAAAGUACCCAUGUUUGAUUUGGAGACUGGUGCUCGUAGUGGAUUCAAGGAACUUGAAGUUUCUGAAGACUGUGGUGUGAUCAUUUUUGAAGGGGUGUAUGCUCUGCAUCCUGAAAUCCGAAUAUCACUUGACUUGUGGGUUGCUGUUGUUGGUGGUGUUCAUUCACAUCUUAUUUCUCAAGUUCAAAGGGAUAAAAGCAGAGGGGGGUGUUUUAUGUCCCAAAAUGAGAUCAUGAUGACAGUGUUUCCAAUUUUCCAGCAGCAUAUUGAGCCACAUCUUGUUCAUGCACAUCUCAAAAUUCGGAAUGACUUUGACCCUGUUAUUUCCCCUGAGAGUUCUUCGUUUGUCUUGAAGAGUAAUAAGCAGGUGGCUUAUCAAGAUAUUUUGAAAAUCCUAGAUCCUGUGAAGUUGUGCAGUUCUGUUCAGAAUUUCAUUGAUAUAUAUUUAAGGCUCCCUGGACUUCCUACAAAUGGACAGUUGGCAGAUGGUGAUUGCAUACGAGUCAGAAUCUGUGACGGUAGAUUUGCAUUGUUGAUACGGGAGCCUUUAAGAGAAGGGAAUUUUAUAAUUCAACCAAAAGUGGAUUUUGAUAUCAGCAUCAGCACAGUUGCUGGACUUCUUAACCUCGGGUAUCAAGCAGUAGCUUACAUUGAAGCAUCUGCAUAUAUCUACCAAGAUGGAAAGAUUCUCAUCGAGGUUGAUCAUCUGCAAGACACCCCUAGUCCUUACAUACAGAUCAAGGGGGUUAAUAAGGAAGCUGUGGCGGCUGCUGGUUCGACACUUAAACUGGAUGGUUCAUACACAACUAAGAGUUACCUGCAGAUCAUUUUGGAAAGAUUACCUGCAAUGGAAAGAAGUUACAGUGGAAUUCAUGCUCAACAAGCUGCAAGGUUGCAGGAACUUGUGGAAUUUAUACAAUCUCAGGGAAGCAGCUCAGCUUCAGAAUCCUCUCCGAGCAGGGAGGCUGCUCCUUUGGAAGGAAUAAUUGAGGAUAUGCAGUUUAGAAUCAAAAGGCUGGAAAGAUGGCAUACUAUCAACACGGUGCUAUGGACUUUUCUGAUGUCUGCCCUUGUUGGUUAUUCGCUUUACCAAAGGAAACACCAAUGACACUUCUAGACGCGUGCGAGUUCUUAAAGGUAUCAAAGUCUCAUCGCAUUGAAGUAAUUGUCGGUAAUGUUGGGCUAACAGAAACUUCUAACAACAGUUGCAUGUUUCUCCGGAGUCCCGGUUCCUUCGAGUAGCAAAUAUUUAACCUCCACGUCGGAGCUUAUUGCUUUCUUUUCAACAAACUUGGAGCCUGUCGCUCAAUUGCUCCAUUUGUAAAUACUUAAAUUAUGUGGAAAUGAGAAUGACCAAUUGACAUUCGAGCGUCCUCAUUGUAAUUCAGCUACCGUUCAUUC